GUUUUUUCUUGAUUUGGUUGUCCCACCUGAUGACGAUUGCUUGUGUUGCGAUCGAAACGUCGUGAUCUAUUAUUUUUCUACCUACGUGACUUUACCGAAAGAACCAAAUAGAAAGUGGAGUAAGUUUAAUCGUUACAGUCAUGAAAAUUCAAUCACCUUAAGAUGUGAAUGUGAAUCGUUGUCUCUUUGCAUGUUGCAGCUUGCCGGAUCGUCUUGACAAAUGAAGAGAAACCGAAAACGUUGGGUGACUCCGUUCUGUUUACGGCUCACAUAACCACACCUCCGAAAUGCACACUCAAGACCAUCAUGUGGACCAAGGCCUCAUACAUUGACAGAGCCAAAUGGACGUCAUAUAAGGUCCAGAUCGCAUCAUUCAACAGCUCGACGCAUGUGCACUCGCACUACAGGGGGAGAGCCUGGAUCUACGGUGACAACUCCUCCAACUUCUCACUCUCCAUUGAAGCGCUCACAGCAGAUGACGCUGGAUACUACAAAGUUACAGCCGUGUGGGACUCGGACGAUGGGGAACUGCGAUCUGAGAGCCAACAGUUCCUAGCUGUUCAUGAAGGCUGUGAGGUUUACACCCCGCGAGAUUCACUUCGCUGCACUCCUGGGGAGACGGUGACGCUCCCGUGCCAGGCGUACUCUCCGCUCUGUGCCCUCGACACGAUCACAUGGUUCAAGGUCACCUCAGAGAAACUGCCAAUUGUGAGAAGCAUGAAGACCCGCAAUAACCACACGGAAGCUGGGUACAAGGGCAGGGUCCACCUGGCCGCCUUGGGAGCACACGACGCCUCCCUGAUCCUCACCGACGUCACGCUCAACGACAGUGUAAUCUACGAGUGCCAACAUCGAUGGGGACACGAGAACAAAAUCCAUUCCAGCAAAGCGACCGUGACGCUUGCGGUCCAACACGAGUUGAUGCCGAAGCCCCGGGGUAAGGACGAUUCUUGAGAGUGAGUUUCACGGUGUUGGCCAUGGGUGGGGGAGAGGUACAACGUCAUCAAAACAGACUCAGGCUACCGACCCAGCUACGUGAGUUUGAUUCCAGGUGGCGGACUAACAUCAGCGGUGAGCGAUAUCUGAAUCUGCCCGAGUGCGC